GAGAAAUGAAAAAUGAUUGUGAGAACAUUAGAAACUCAAACCUUAUAUAUUCAGCUUCUCAAAUGGACAAUAGAAAGUGAAUGAGUUAGAUAAGUCUACAAUGGGAAUAUUUGUUUUUAAAAUAGUUGUGAAACACAUGACCAGGCGUCACUAGUUCUUCCCUCGCCCGUAGCUAAUGUUUUGAAAGACUUGCAUCAUGUGUCUGUGUUGUGUGAUGUUUUUGGCCUGGAAGAAGUUUUAAUUUCCGACAAGACCACUUUUAUUCUAAAGUUCAUCUCGGGGAUAUUUGGUUCUCUUGCCUAAGUUAACUCCUACCAUGCUGUUAUACCAAUGAAAUGUAACAUGGCAGCUCCUCUAUCUGCUGUUCUUGAAUGUAAACUGAUUUCACCAAUGGCUAAUAAAGUGAUUUUAUUACAUUUCUGAUAAAAGGAGAACGUUAUGAGGUUUUGCUUUAGUUGUCAAAGUGUAACCUUAUCAUUUUCCCUCUUCAUUGUGUGCAGUCAGGGCCUUUAUGUGGCAGAGGCUUCUAAUUCCUGAAGAGAAAUCCUCUUAGGAUCUAUGCUCUAUUUUUGUUUGGUCUAUUGGGCUUUUUUUAAAAGCUCCAUUAGACCCAGCUCAUUGGCUGGAAACAAGACACGCAUGCACACAAAAAAAAAAGUCACACACACCGUCCAGCAACAGAUAGCUUCGACAAGUGAUCGAGAGAACAGCAGUGCAUGGUUAACUGCUGACACAAAUAGAGGAUUUUAUCUGGACUGUGGAAGGUAGCGAACCACUACAAUGUCUGGCAGGAUGAUUGAUUUGGAAGAGACUGCGACCCAUACAGGUCCAAAGGGAGUCAUUAAUGACUGGAGGCGGUUUAAGUUGGAAAGUAUGGACCGGGAAAAUUUGCCUCCUGCAAAAAAGGAACUUCUGAGACAAAUGUCGUCCCCCAAUAAAUCCAAAGAUGACUCCAGAGCUAACCUAAACCGCAAGAUGAGUGUGCAAGAAUAUGAACUACUUAAGGAGGAGGAUGAAGGAUGUCUGAAAAAAUACAGAAGACAAUGCAUGGAAGAGAUGCACAGCAAGCUUAGCUUUGGGCCCAAGUUUGAUGGUGUUCACAACCUGGACAGUGGCGAGGACUUUCUCGAAGUCAUUGAGAAGGAGCAUCACAGCACAGUGGUGGUUGUCCAUAUUUACAAGGUUGGGGUGAAAGGAUGCGAGCAGCUCAACAGCUGCCUGGACUGCUUGGCCACAGAGUAUCCCACUGUUAAGUUCUGCAGGAUUGAUGCUGUCUCAUCAGGUGCUGCAGAGCGUUUCUCAGAUGAGUAUUUACCAACGCUGCUGGUGUACAAGGCAGGGGAGCUCAUAGGGAACUUCCUGGCCUGCACACAGCACCUGAACGAGGAGUUCUUUGCAACCGACAUUGAAGCUUUCCUCAACAGUUACGGCCUGCUCCCAGAGAAAGAGAUGCCUGGAGUGGAUGAUGAAGAAGAAAAUGACGUAGAAUAAAAAAAAGAAGCUUGGCCGUUCAAGGAGAAAAUAAUCUACAUCAAGCGGUUGGGAAAGAUCUAACUGAAGCAGUUUAUGUAUAAAAUAUUAAAAAUAUUUUUUAGGUUUGGUAAAUAGAAGAAUCAUAUCUUUUCCUCUAUAACACUAGUGUUGAAUUGUUUCUUGAGGAGAAAUUGUAUGUAUAUUGUUAGCCUCAUAACAUAAUUGCCUAGGCAAUUAUACUGUGAGGCUAGUUUACCAAUCACAAUAUAUAGGUGAUUGGUAAUCUAUGAUAGCUUGGAUGAAGGAGUUGCUAAAUCACUGUCAGAAAACACUGCAACCCUCAUCACCAUCCUAAAUAAGCCAAAACAAGAUAACUGUAACAAUACAUUGUUUUAUUUUUUACUUUAGGAGAUAUCUCAUCCUGUAAGUACAUAAGGUUAAUUCAAAGUCUUUUUUUAGCAUUUGAACGUAUCGAUGUGUUCUCAAGCAAUUUGCAUCCAUGAGCUAUACAUCUUUGAAUGUAAUAUAAUACGCACAUGUCCUGUAUAUUUGAUAUCUCUGUGUUGUUCUGAUAAAGAAUAAAUAAAUGACAAUGAAAACCUUGAA